CUAGGACUAACUAGUAAUUUUUGCAUAUAUAAAUGUACACCACAAAGGCUUCUGAAACCCUAAUCGCAUCUGAAGAGGGUGAAGAGCGGCUUCUACUCAACAUCUCCGCAGCUCCCUCUCUCUAUUCGACAGAAAAGGUAGCAACAAUGGCGUACGCACCGAUGAAGCCGACUAAGGCAGGUUUGGAGGAACCCCAAGAGCAGAUUCACAAGAUCAGAAUCACUCUUUCCUCCAAGAACGUCAAGAACCUCGAGAAAGUGUGUGCUGAUUUGGUUCGCGGUGCCAAGGAUAAGAGGCUGAGGGUCAAGGGACCAGUAAGAAUGCCAACAAAGGUUCUACAUAUCACUACCCGAAAGACCCCUUGUGGUGAAGGAACCAACACAUGGGAUAGAUUUGAACUUCGAGUCCACAAGCGAGUGAUUGACCUCUUCAGUUCCCCAGAUGUGGUUAAGCAAAUCACCUCGAUCACCAUUGAACCUGGCGUUGAGGUUGAGGUUACCAUUGCAGAUUCUUGAAUAUGCCACAGUUUCGUAACCCUCUCUUUCCUUAGAAGGUUUUUAUCAGGGUCUUUGUAGCAAGUGCUUUUUGGAGUUACAAUUUUGAUGCUACUUAUAUUGUGUGAGAAGGAUUCUUGUUAUUUUUCUUCUUGUUAAAUUUUUAUAUUCUGGAUAUUUGGGUUAAUGUUAUGAACCUAUUUCUAUGAAAAAGCAUCAAAUAGAUACUGUUUCUUUUAUUAA